CGGCCCCAAAUUCCAGGCCCUAAUCUCGACAAACCUCACUGCACUUGUAAACCCUAGAAUUUCACCUGCUUUCUCUCCUCGACCUUCUCUCGCUGCAUCAGGGAAGCAAAAUGGGAUCUAACGAACAAACCGUGCUGCAGUUCGUACCAUCACCUGCAAGCGUGUCGGCUAGGGUUCAUCCUCUUGUUAUAUACAACAUUUGCGACUGUUAUGUGAGGCGGCCUGACCAGGCGGAACGCGUCAUUGGCACGCUCCUCGGAUCGGUUUUGCCUGACGGCACGGUCGACGUUCGCAACUCCUACGCCGUCCCACACAAUGAGUCGUCGGAUCAGGUUGCAUUGGAUAUUGAUUACCAUCAGAAUAUGUUGGCGUCCCACCGGAAGGUGAACCCGAAGGAAGUCAUAGGAUUUGUGCUUGAUGUUGUCCUUAUCUUUCAGACAAAGUUCUCAGUAUUUUUGAAUCGGAAUUUGAUUAUAAGCUUGUGUGCACAUGCAUAUGUCGAUAGGUUCUCAACUGGCGGUGUGACACCUGGCAGUGCUCUAAUCCACGAGUUUUACUCUAGAGAAAUCACCAAUCCUGUUCAUUUGACUGUUGACACUGAAUUCAGAAGUGGAAAUGCUGCCAUCAAGGCAUUUGUGUCGAUUAAUCUGUCUCUUGGUGAUCAACAGCUUGCUGCUCAAUUUCAGGAAAUCCCAUUGGACUUGCGCAUGGUCGAGGCAGAACGCAUUGGAUUUGAUGUGCUUAAGCCAACAAAUGUUGAUAAGCUUCCAAAUGAUCUGGAGGGAAUGGAGGCCUCUAUGGAACGAUUGCUUGCUCUAAUUGAUGAUAUCUAUAAAUACGUUGAUAAUGUUGUGGAAGGGCGAAUUGCUGCCGAUACUAAAAUCGGGAGAUUCAUAUAUGAUGCUGUAGCAUCCCUCCCCAAACUGCCACCCCACAUUUUUGAUAAGCUUGUGAAUGAUAGCCUGCAGGACCAGCUGUUGUUACUAUAUUUGUCGAGCAUAACAAGAACACAACUCAGCCUAGCGGAAAAGCUCAACACGGCUGCCCAGAUCCUUUAAAGGUUGCAAUAUCUUGCUGAGCUUGUGGUUUGGUCUAUUUGUUUUCUGUUCACAUAUUACUGAUUUUCUAUUAGUAGCGGCUUGUUUGUACGAUUUAGUAUAAUUCUACAUGAGAAAUGUCGAAUAGCGGUACUUUGUUCAGUGGUUUUGCCAAUGCAUGCUAGUCUCUUGGAACUUUUUUCAGACUGAUUAGUAUAUGUGAUAUGAAUAGUGAUAAUAAAGUGAUAUUUUUCAAUAUAUAUGCAUAGUUUUAAAUUAAAAUGUCAU